AUGUUUGGCGCUCCCGCGUUCGGUGCGCUGUCCACGCCAGGGACCGGCGGCUUCAACAAGCGCCUGGGCGUCCCUCGCUUCAGCAAGAUCGACUUCCCAUCCUACGACGGCGCUGAUGAUCCCCUGAACUGGCUCCAUCGUUGUGAGCAGUUCUUCCGAGGACAGCGUACACUGGCCUCGGAUCGGGUUUGGCUCGCCUCGUACCACAUGACCGAGGUGGCGCAGACCUGGUACUAUGCCCUCGAGCAGGACGAGGGCAUGCCGUCGUGGGAACGCUUCAAGGACCUCGCCAACCAGCACUUCGGUCCAGCCGUCCGCAGCAACCGUCUCUCGGAGCUCGCGCGGCUCCCCUGGCACGGCACUAUCCAGGAGUACCAGGAGCAUUUCAACGCCCUGGUGUGCCACACGCCGGAGCUCUCCCCACUCCAGAAGGCCGACCUGUUAGUGGGUGGCCUCCCAGAUCACAUCCGCGUCGACAUCGAGCUCCGGGCGCCCCAGGAUCUUCAGACCACCAUGCAGUUGGCGCGGUCUUUCGAGCGCCGCACGGCUGCCACGGCGACCGCUCCGUCGUAG